AUGGAUACCAAGAAAAGAACCCAGAGAAGCAGUGCUGGUUUAAAUGAAAGUUUAUCGCAAGAUUUUGUAUGGCCCAAGAAAUUUGGAAAGAAAAUGGUGCCUCUGCAGGAACAGGCAGCAAAAUCAGUCGACGAUAAUUGUUUCAGUAAGCCCAUGAAUGGAAAGUAUUUAAAUGAAAAUAAGUAUUCAGAAAAUCGGCUUGUAACAAGUGUCACUCAUGACAGACAAGAAGAGAAGAAAGAAAUGUCACCUUUUUCGGAAAAAGCAUGUUCAUCGAACAUUUCUAAGAAAACUAGGACGAGUUUAACUUCUAGGAGAUUGGCAAUAGAAGCAGAAAAAAAGCGCCAACAGUUAGAGAUGGAAAUUGAUCAAAUGAAGUCUGAAAUGAAGCGAAAAGAAAAUGAGAUUAAAUUGAUAAAUAUGGAAGAAGAUUUGAGACGAGAUGAAAUGAAAUCAUUAACUGGAAAGUCAACAAUUUCUGGAAUUAUCCACAGUGGAAAUGAAAUAGAAGAAAAAUAUGAGAAAUCCGUUAAAAAAUCAACUGCUCAAUGGGUUGCUAAUUUGCCAGAAAAAUUCGAUGAAAUAGAGAACCUAUCAGUAUUAUCUCAAGGUAAUGGAAAACCUAGUGAAGACAUAAAAUUACUUUGUCAAACCUUAACAGAUGUAUUACAAUCGGUUGGAAUGUCUAAUAACCAACGUAAAGAAAAUUGUUGUGGUGAUGUUCUUACACAUAAAAAUAUCUCUGACAGAGAUUUUCCAUACUUUGAUGGAAAUCGCCAAGACUGGCCCAUUUUCAUUAGACAUUUUCGAAAUGUUAUAUCAUUAUGCAAAUAUACAGAUGUGGAAAUAGUGCUCAAAUUAAGAAACUGUCUCAAGGGAGCUGCUAAGCAUGCUGUAUCUGGUCUUAUGCUGACAAAUGAUGUGGAAAAGAUAAUGCAUACUUUAGAAACUAGAUUUGGACGCCCUGAUCAAAUCAUUGAAAUGAUGCUGAAUAAAAUUAAGACAAUAUUACCAAUCAAGGAAAUUCAUUUGGGAAAAUUGAUCAACCUGUCUACUGAAAUAUCGAAUGUCGUUGCUAUUAUGAAAUGCUUGAAAUCAACUGGACAUUUAAAAAAUCCUCAUCUACAACGUGAUUUGUUAGAGAAAAUACCAGACUAUCUCAAGUUGAAAUGGGGAGAAUAUUUAGUAGAAAAAAGGAAAGAAAAUUAUGAGGUUGACCUAGAAGAUUUUUCGAAAUGGUUGGCAAAUUAUUCCUAUGCAGCUAGCCAGAUCAGCACGUCUGUGUUUCCAGAAAAUAAGUGGGAAAGACAACCGAAAUACUAUAAUUAUCAACAGAGAAAACCGAAACGUCUUUUCAACAUAUCUGUUCCCGGAAAAUCAUCAUGUAAUUAUUGUGGAAACGAGAGACACGAUGGCAACUGUUCUAAAAUGGAACAGGACUCUCUGGAAAUAAGAUGGAAAACUGUGACGUCGAAAAAGUUGUGCUUCUGCUGUUUGAGAAAGAAUCAUCAGAAGUUUAAAUGUAGGAAUAAAAAACAAUGUGGUAUCAAUGGAUGUAAGCUAUUUCAUCAUUCGCUUCUUCAUGGAACAACAAACAAUUCUGAAAAAGAGAAAAAUCAGGAAGAAAAUCACGAACAGUUUCAAAUCAGGGCUCGAAAUUGUACAAUUCGAAGCUCUCCAACUAUAUUACUUCGUAUAGUACCCAUUACGAUCUAUGGACCAAUAAGAAAAUUGAAUAUUUUUGCACUUUGUGAUGAGGGAUCUACAGUUACACUGUUCUAUUCGGAAAUAGCUGAAAAGGCUGGCUUAAGUGGAGAGUCUGAAACACUUCAUUUGCAGUGGACUAAUGAUGAUGUCAUAACAGAAGAAGAUUCUAUAAAGCUCGACUUCAACAUUUCCAAGAUUGAUUCAGGAGAAAAUAAAUUCCCGGUUUAUGGAGUGCGAACGAUUAAAGAUCUCUCACUUCCAUCGCAAUCCCUGAAAUUAGAAGAAUAUCCUCAUUUAAAUGGAUUACCAAUUCAUAAUUAUCAAAAUCAAAAACCAUCUAUGAUAAUUGGCCAAGACAAUAUAAAGUUGAUCAUUCCUGAAAAAGUGAGUUAUGGACUUGAAAACACACCAAUAGCUUCGAAAUGUAAAUUGGGAUGGUCUGUACAUGGUCCUGUUGCGAAAAAGAUGCCACAAGAAUAUAAUUUCAAGAUUUUACAUAUAGCAGACGAUACAGAAACUGAAAUUUUAAAACUAAUGCGAGACUUUUCAUCUAUAGAAGCAUUUGGUACUACAACAAUAGAGACAAAGAAACAAGACUCUGAAGAUAAUAAAAAGGCACUAGACAUAAUGAACAAUACUAUCAAGAAAAUUGGAAAUAGAUAUGAGAUUGGAUUAUUGUGGAAGACACCUGAAGUAACAUUACCUGAAAGUAAACGAAGAGCAUUUCAAAGACUAAUAUAUAUGGAGAAAAAAUGUUUGAAAGAUCAUUGUUUGGCUACUGAAUAUUGUAGGAAAAUCGACGACCAUAUUAAAAAGGGUUAUCUACGAAAAUUAUCGCCAGAGGAAGCUGAAGUAGAAGGACCUAAAACUUGGUAUUUACCUCAUUUUUCAGUAGUAAAUCCUAUGAAGAAAAAGGUCAGAAUUGUGUUUGAUGCUGCAUCUAAAUCGCAUGGAUUGAGUCUGAACGACGUACUUUUAGCAGGCCCUGACCAACUACAAUCGCUAGUGAAGAUUUUGUGGACCUUUCGACAAAGAAGAAUUGCCUUUUGUGAUGAUGUUCGUGAGAUGUUCCACAGAAUAAUGGUUCGAGAGCAAGAUAGAAGUUCUCAGAGAUUAUUAUGGAGAAAUUUAGAAACAAGUAAAAAUCCUGAAGUGUUUGAACUCAAUGUUAUGACUUUCGGAGCGAAAUUCUCACCAGCUUGUGCUCAAUUUGUAAAAAAUUACAAUGCACAGAGAUACGCUGAACAAGAGGUCCAAGAUACAAUAAUACAAAAAUUUUAUGUAGAUGACUUUGUUGAGUCGAAAGAGACAGAAGCUAUAGAAAUAAUUGAAAAAGUAAAAGGAACAAUGAGCUUAGCUGGUUUUGAGGUUGUCAAUUGGUUAUCAAAUUCUGAAUUGGUUCAGAACAUUUCUAAUGAUGCGGAUGAAGAUAAGAAUAUUUCUGAAGAAGUAACAAUUCAAAGAGUUUUAGGAAUUUGGUGGAACACACAAAUCGAUGAACUGUCCUUCAAAAUCGAAAUGGAGAAAUUUCAUGGGAUUAAACCAACUAAAAGAAAUAUUUUGAAAUCAGUAAUGUCUAUAUUUGACCCUCUUGGUAUGAUCUCUUACAUUGUAGUAAAAGGAAAGAUUUUGAUGCAGCACAUUUGGCAAGCCGGAGUUAGCUGGGACGAAGAAAUUGCCCAUAGUUUUGGAGAAUGA